AUGCAACAAGCCUCUUCGCCUGUCCUCCAGCAGCAGCUGCGCCUGCACCCAGGCUCCCUCCAGACGCUCCACCAGUCUCCAGACGGAACGCUAUACCCUCCGCAUCAGGUGUUGCCCGAGCUCCAGAACCUCCACAACAGCGAUGUAUACCAACAACAAUACGCCCUGGCCGGGCCGCCCCAACCACCACCGCCGCCGCAUGGCCUGCCCGUACACUUUGAGCAACGCGGGCUGCCCCCCUCGGGCCCGUAUGCCCAAUUCCAGGCGGCCAAUUACCAACAUGUCACGAGUCCGCGAUUCAUGAACGCGCCGCCUCCCCCACUACAGGAGCACGCGCAGCACUAUCAUGCCUCUCCGCCGCAGACGGUGCGAGGGCCAGUUCAGCAACUCCCUUUCCCACCGCCUGCACCACCCGCGCUCCCAACGACACACUCCCUGCCGCGCCACGUUGAACAGGGACCUCCCCAGCAGCAGCCACCGCCCCAGCCACAACCUCAACCACCACCACAACCGGACGGACGCGACGGGGAUGAUGCCCAAUUGUCGAACCAUGGACAGUUCCAAGGGCUCAAGCUUAUUCCAAACCCACCAAACUUGGACGAGUGGAGGGAGAAGCUGUUUCACGUGGACGAAAUGAUCACGUUGACUGAGGAGCAAUUCCAAAUGUACUUCCCACACAUCGAUAACGUCUACUCGCACCGCUCGACGCAGAAACACAAACGCAACCGCUUUGUAUCGCAUUACUGGGACUGUCGGUUGAAGGGGCGGCCGCCAGGAACCAAGAAGUCUACAGACCCAGACAAGAAGAAGAGGAAGAGGAUUGCACGAGAGCGGGAUCUGUGUGAUGUCAAGAUCAAGAUCACAGAGUUCUUUGAUCGGCAAGAAUAUGAAGAACAGCUGGGACACCGGCCGCCAGGGACCGAGAACGAUCCACCGAGCCCCAUAGCAGCACAUGCACCGGUGAACACAGGUCAGAACACGAACCCGAACCCGCAAUUCUUUGGGCAGGGCCCUCUACUGCCGCAACAACCCGCUGGAGGCUGGGACAUGCCUCCAACCAUGGGCGGUCCGCCGGAUAUCAACAUGCAGCAAUACACAUCGCCAACCGUUUCCCUACAAAAGAAGUUUUACACUGUUCAAAGAGUAAAUGGAAACGGUGGGAAUGGCAAAGGCGAUGGCGUUGCUGGACCACACAAGCACACCCUUGAGGAGAGCGAUCGUGUCAAGAAGAAUAGUGUCAUCAGAUGGCAGAUGAAAGUGGAUAAGGAUGAUAAAAGAAAAUCACAGGGCGGAGAUCCUUCAAAGAAGACAUACCACAAAAAGGCCACCGGCAAUGCUUUGAUAACGGUAAAGCAUCAUUCGAAAGAAGAUGAAUUGAAGUUGUAUGGCAGUGCAUUCUGCCCCUUUGUACAGCGCGUGUGGAUAUCACUGGAGCACAAGCAAAUACCCUAUCAGUAUAUCGAAGUCGAUCCUUACAAGAAACCGCAAAGCCUCCUCGACGUCAACCCACGUGGUCUUGUUCCUGCAAUCAGGCACGGCCCGACGUGGUCGACGCACGAAUCCACUGUGAUCAUGGAGUAUCUUGAAGAUCUGCAUGUCGGACCGCCUCUCCUACCUCCGGAUGCCCAGGCUCGCGCUACAUCACGCCUCUGGACGGACCAUAUCAACCGUAACAUCAUUCCGUGGUUCUACAAACUCCUCCAAGCCCAAGACCAAAGCGACCAAAUCUCUCAUGCGACCGAAUUCCGCAACCAAAUCGGAAAGCUUGUCGAUGCCGCUGACCCUACCGGUCCGUUUUUCCUUGGUCCCCAAAUCUCUUUUGUAGAUGUACAGAUUGCGCCUUGGAUCCUCCGACUACGAAGAGUUAUGAGCCCCUAUAGAGGAUGGCCCGAAGCCGAGGAGGGGAGUAGAUGGAAACGAUGGAUUGACGCGAUCGAGGCAGAUAGGAGUGUGAAGAUGACUACAAGUACGGAUGAUCUUUAUCUGGACAGCUAUGAGAGGUAUGCAGAGAAUCGUCCGGGAACAAGUCAAUUAGCAGAUGCUGUCAAUAGUGGAAGGGGGCUGCCUUGAUCACAGGCAUUGAAUUACAUGGUGAUAAGAUAUGUACAUAAUAAUGGGUUGUUCGACUGAUAGUUUGAGUUGGCGCCAUGCA